AUGUCCGAAAUCAAUGUCACAGCGGUUUUCUCUGUUAAGCCCGAGAAGUUUGAAGAGUUAGCCACUCUGGUGACCGAACUCACCAAACAGGUGCAAGAACAUGAACCCGACACAUUGCUCUACUAUGCCUUUGAGCUCAAGAAGAAGAAUGAGAUUGUUGUCGUUGAGCGGUAUAAGGACCAGUCAGCGAUCCAAACCCACACGAAAUCGGCCUAUUUCCAAACAUUUGCAAGCCAGCUACCCGCUUUGCUGAGCAAACCGAUGGAGAUCAGGGCGGGUGGGUUCGUGAAUGGUUCGAGAGGCGUGUCGCGACUGUAG